AACGUCUCUAGGUGAUUUAGUUUUGCAAUGUUUCCUUGUCUUGGGUGUUGGUUUUGUGAGUGAGUCUUGACAACAAUACACACUGGUGGUAACAGAUUGUAGCAGAACUUAUUCCAUAAAGCCCCUCCCCCGUAUAAUCAGACUGCAGCUGCAACACAAAAGUCUAGUCAGAUUACUGGAAGGAUAGGAAAAAUGUAUCAACGUAUGAGGCAAGGCAGCCUGGUUGACCUGGCUGCUAUCGUCCUCCGAGCGUUUCGUUGUCCUUCUUACGUUGGUUUGCUUCACAACUGCUCUUACCCCCCUGUAAUUGAGCUGCCGUGGAACCAUGCGUAGGGCACAGGAAUGUAUUACCAACCAAUUUGUAGAACACAGAAACACAUAUUGCCUUCUACUACAAAAACUGUGAUCAAAUCAAAUCAUCCUCCUUGUGUGUUGCUGCGCCAUCCGCAGAGCACAGAUGGGCUGAGCUUUGCUUAAGUAAUUACAAUAUUUUGUCCUGAAAGUGUUUCCGACCGACUCCUGAACCUAACUCAAUUCGUCGGUUGUACGAUACACAGAAUUACACACCGCUGCCGACAACGAACAAAACUGACUAGGGGUUUAGGGACAGGGGCAUUUAAUUCGGAUACAACCCUUUUAGUUUAAUGUUUUUAGUUAACUUUCCAACUACACACAAGACAAGCAAUUUUAAAAUUCAAAAAAUGCCCAACGGCUAUGAGAUGUGUGUAACACAGAGCGUAGAGCUUCGUCUACGAAAUGCCUUGUUAGUCGGCGACAGAAAAAGUAGUUGGAAAUACCGAAAAAGGGAACCUUCAUUGUAUAUUGGAAUGAAUAGCUGGCUAUCUGUGGGUCACACAUAAACACACGAUAUCCGUGUAUAAACACCAUCAAAAGACUGGAAUAUUAAUGAGAAAAUGGGGUUUUGUUAUGGUUUUUGUUCCUUCCACUGUUGACUCCUGUCAAAGACGACUAUCGCAGUGGUGCUAGUGGAUCCCAUGGGCCAGAAGGGAGGGCAGACAAAGACAGAAUUAAUUUAAUCGGUAAACUAGAAAAGAAAACGAAUCAAUCCCACCUAUUAAAGAAUACUAACUGGCCAAAAUACACCCCGGGAGCAAGCGUCGGUAUUGUCUUUGAUACUUGAAGGACCCUGGUGGCUGCCUCAGGGAGUAAAAACAAGGGCAAGAACCGGGGUUGCGUUACGGUACGUAGAUAGGAUUAAAAUUACCAACGCCCACACGGCCACAGCAGCAGUCGAGUCCCAAGGGUGGUGGUUAUACUAUGGGCGCCAUAGCGCACUUCAAACGAGAUUCAAAGUUCCUAUCUUAUGUUGUUGUACCAUUUCCAAGCGAAUUUCACCUUAAAUUAUUCUUCGAGACAAUGGAAGAACAAGCAAAUUGUUGUUGAAGAACAUAAAGGACAACAUGUUGCUGCAGAAAGGAAGUAGAAUGAGAGGAUCUUUAUACCUUUCCUUCUGUAGCCACCAGCAAUGAAACGCAAUAGGUGGAGAAUAGUAUAUUAUCUGCCUCGUUUCAUAGUUUAGUUUGUGACGCAAAACUAACAGCAAAAAGAGGGCAAACAGGUUCCAUUACAUACAGGACUCACAAAACACACCCAACGUUGCUCUAUAUUGGCUGUAUUCCCGUACUAUAGCAGCACGUGGAGAAUAAUAGGGCACAAUCUUAGUUAGAUAUACUAAAAAGGACAUAAACAAAACAGCCACAUCCGUUUCGGCCGCUUUAAGUGGCUCGAAUGUAUCUGUUUUUAUCUGUUGUCUGGCAAGGGAAAGCUACCACACCUCUAACACGUCAUUGCCGGUUUUUAUCAAGACAAGGCUCCGGUUCGCAUGUAUUGUGUUGCUUGCAUGUAGCCUUAUUUAUUUUAAAUCCGAUUAUUCGGAAUGCGACCCAUAGACGACUCCACUCUACACUCUCCCGUUUAGGGAACCAAAAGUAAAAUUGAAGAAGCAAGUAUCAGAAAACGUACCAAAUAUUGAAAGCAAACGUUUUCCGGUGUAAAAUAGCGCGGUAAAACACAGGCGCGUUGCUGCGGCGUUGUGUCGAAAAGAGAAAAAAUGCUUAUGAAAUUCCUCGUACAAAAACAUGAAGCUUUUUUUUUGGUUAUUAUCAACUGCAGAAUGAGAGUAAAUUAAUACAGAAAAAGUAGGAAAACAUAAAAGGCACUCAUCACUGGCAGUAGGAGGAAAGAGUAGGGCAACUCACGCGUGUCUUUAUUGUCUCAAGAACUGAGCAAACGGCACACAGUAAGAGAAGAUGAAGCAGCGUAGAGUUUGUGAUACUGUGAUGAGAUGGAGUCAAAGGAUUUACGCGAUACUUGAACACACUAAGUAUUACAGAAAGAGAUGGUGAAGGAAUAGACAGGAGAAAAGUUAGACGAUGCGUAAUGCCAGCCACAACUACAAGCCAAGUCAAGAGAGGACAUGAUCGUUCCCGGUGAAUGAGAAUUUUUUGUUAGUUCCUUUUUGUUUCACUUUUCCGUUCGAGAUUCCAGGCUUUGGUCGCCGUUCAACUUUACCCCUCUGAAUCAAGGGUCUCUAAACAAUAUUGUAUAAGUGUGUGUGUUUUUGAUGUGUGCCCGCCACCAGCCCGGCCGCUCUGGCGAAAGCAGAAGCUCUUAGUAUCAAUAAUUACACCGCUGCAUGCUACAGCACUUAAUGUUACAAAAGUACGCGGGAAGAUAUAAGGUAAUCAUUAAUAGCAGGUAUAGCUAUCGUCAGCGUUGGAACAGGUCCGAAGCAGCUCGACAGGAAAGCCAAAGGAAAAUUUCAGAACUUAAUUAACAGGAAAAUGGUUGAAAAUCCCGAAUCGAAAUACACAUAAACACCGAUCAGAUCAGAAUCAUUAGGAGAUUUUCUGUGAUCAGUGAACAGUAGAGAUGUUGGGUCGCGUCUCACCGUUAGGGAGGAGGGGUUCGCCAACAACAAGCACAAGAAUUACAAAAUGAUUAUCAUUACACAAGUGCUGCUUCGGGCGCUGAUUUGGUCUUCGUAGGAUGUUCACACUAGUAUGUGGUGUAGGAGGCAAGGGAAAAGUAUAAUAAGUGAAGGAAAAACACAACACCCUGCGUACAUACAUAAUUCACCCAUUCUAUCUAAUCGCACGUAUAUGAUAUAAUUAAUCAAUGUUUUGCGCUGAAUGCUACGAUGAAACAAACAAAACAAAAGAACACUUAAUGUCUGUUUAGAUGGAAAAUUGAAACAUGUGUACACGAGGCAGGGAAAAGACGCCCUCCAAAUGCUGUCGAUGUCAGCAUAUGAUGCACUAUAGAUUUUCCAGCGAAUUGGCCAUUUUCGUUGAUACCAAAAGCAUCGAUGAUCGACUGAGUGAGUGAUUUGUGAUGUAUGACAGAAAAACUUAGAGCUGGUAUUCGCUGGUAGGUGUAUAAGAGACAAAACAGAUGUCCUGGAUAUCCCACACGUGAUCCCUCUCUUUGAAAAUCGAAAAAAUACGCCAUCUAGAAACGACGGUCUUUGGCGUCUGUUUGUCGGUUAAGUUGUCACCAUUUUCGAACCCAUCCUCAAGGUUACACAGGUUUCUGUAUCGAAACUACAGAUACUACAGCCACAGACACACAGGUUUCUGUAUCGAGGAUAAGGGAGUUAAAGUAGAGUUUAAGUUAUCUCCCACGAAACAAAUCAGAAAAAAACCCACACAAACGCACCGCUAAGUAGUGAUUGUGAUAGACGGAUGAUUAAAAAUGGAUUCUUCUCAAUAAUCUAGACGAACAAAAACCUGAAAUUGUUGUGGUGGGCAGAAUAAUUCUUAGCUAUCAAAAACAAAAAGGCAAACUGGGACAAAACGUGUGGGUUUCACAACUAGAAUGGCAUCAAGUGAGGGAAAGGGAAAAUACUCUUAGCAAAAAACUGGCCAUCCAUCCAAUUGGCGACACAAUCCGACGGGAUCCGAACCAUAAUCGGAAAAAGAGGGAGGGAAUCGCUGUGGUAUUUUGUGACAUACACAAAAAAAGGCAAAUGAAUCGCGUCGCUAGAGAAACAAGCACAAGGAUAGGGAAAUGGAGAAAUAUUUAGAAUUUUUCAAAGUUUCAAAAUUGAUUUACAGUUGGCGAAUGGGAAGAAAAGGGGAAUGUAAGCACGCAACUCUUUUUUUUUGUUCAAAAUGGAAAUAGUUUUGGGCAUCGCAAUGCACGAUACCACCACCAACGGUGUCUUGUAUAGCACUAGCGACGUAUGAAGCCGUCGCUUCUCGUUAUUUUCUCACUACGAUUACGACACACUGAAAAAAGGAUGCAAAAGUUUCAAACAAUCAAGAAAUGUUCAUCAUUUAAAAAGAAAGGAGAGGGAGUUAGUGUGCGCGCAUAUGCCCGUUCUAUCGCGAUGGUCGACAACGGGAAGGGAAAGUGUUAUACCUUGGAGCAUGCAACCAUAAAGAAUACCAGGCGAUAAAAGGCGAUGUAAUUUUACAUGACUAACAAAGAAACGUAAGAUAUCUCCAAUAAUACAUUUGCGAUCGAAACGAAUCACACACAAAGGCAAAAGGAUUCACAACGGUGCACUGGGAAGACCUCGUCAGAACCAGAACCGUGGCAGCGACCACCGUCGUCAUCGGUGGUACGGCCGGGUGGAUCUUUUGCUUUUGCACGACGUAUACCCCCACCCAGUGUUUAAAAGAAUGAAGCGUUAAAGGUUUUCACAGGAGCAGAAAAUGAAACACACAUAGUACCGAUAGCGAAAUCCUUUUAUGCAAUCGCGUGACCAUCUGAACAGCGCGCAAAACAUAAAGAUAAUGGGUUGUCGCUAAAAGAUGGCACGAUACGUUUAUGAAUCAAUCGGUGUUUCCUUGGUGGAGCAACACACACAGUCGAGUAGAUGUUUCGCUGGACUGAAUUGUAAUAGACAUAAAGCACAUUUCGUUGAUCUCAUUGGUUAAAGCGGAAAAACAACCAGUAAAAUCUACUUCUAGCUAAGAAUGGGAGUGUUGAAUGUGGGAUGCAUGGGAUUAUGAACUUAUAUUCCGCAAGGUGGGAAAAAAGCACAGCACUCGCUUUCAAUCUCUCAAAAUAUGAUGCCGCACAAUACAGGACGGAGGAUUAUUGUCGAUGCGCGCAGACGCGCAUACAGAACCAGUCUGCAAUAAGCUGACGGGUUUUUUGCGUACUGCUUAAGGAUAUGCGCGACAACGAGACUCUUACUUGUGCGUGCGAUACAGCCGGGCAUAGAAUUUAAUGUUAUGCUGAAGAUACUUUAGCAUACAAGCAAGCACUGCAUGAAAUAAUAAGGGAAAAGAAAGGCCAGACUCUGGGUAAGGGAAUGCCUGUCUGGACUACUAAAAGGAAAACAACGACAGAAAACAAGAUUGACUCUGGCGAACCGCGGUAAUUUACCACCGGCGAACGACAGAGGGAAAUUAUGUGUGUGUGUGUGUGUACGAGAGAGAAUGAAAUGUUAACAUAUUAAAAGUAUAUUUUUGUGAAAACACCUUAGAACGCUGAUGAAAACCUGGUGGAGAGGCGAGAAAAAUGUACCAUUGUGAUAUUUUAUAUUUAACGUUAAUAUGUAAAACUCACAUCAAGAAAACAACCAAAACGGGGCGCGAUACACUCAGCAAAGCUAUGAAAAUGAUGGUAGAAGCAAAGGUGACAGGUACAGGUAGGGCACAUCUCCUAGAGGAAACCGCUUACUACGCUUACACACAAAAAGGCAACUUAAAACGCCGCAAGAAUGGAGAGAGUGAGCCAUGCUCCAUCGAAACAAACCGUUUUUGAAACCGAUGAUAUGCUACGACUGAACUCAUGUUGCAUUGAUAAAAGUAGGAGCGACAAACACACACAAGCACUCGCUAUAUGUGCUGCCCAGCUACCAGAGGGAAGGGGAAGGAUAUUCCCACAAGAAAAGUUCGUCGUUCGAUAGUUGCAGCAAUAGUCAUGCACUGGGGGAGAACAAGAGUUUGGCGUGGGUUGUUGGGGAUGGAAUUCGUUGUUGUAAAUUUUGUACUAUUUUUUCUACUGGCUAUUUUGAGCUACCGAAAAGAAAACCCACUACACAACACGUGAUAUAAAAAGCAGAAGAGAUCAAGAACGGGAGAGAAAAGCGAAAUGAAAUGGAAAAAUGAAGAGAUUAAAACAUGCAUGCACUCAUACGAAGAACGGAAACCGGAAACAAACGAACUCCAUCUAAAGGGAUUAUGGAUCACUCGAACCCGCGAUAUACUACUACCAUGAGAAUAAUUUUCAACAGAAGACACAUGAGAAAAGUUUUAUGAUAAACGGACCCUCAUUGAACACCGGAUGAUUUUAGUGGAGUAAGAGACACAUCGUCAAUACCGGUGUAAGAAUAUACAACAAUAUUCGUUGACAAUUUGUUGUAAAAAAAAACUAUCCAAUGGACACGUUAGUGCUCUCAGCAAUCCUAAACACAAUUAUGACGAUCAACAGGGCAUAUACAGAAAACCGAAGAAACCACUUCAUUUCGCAAUGGAGCGCUUCAUCUUCGAAGUUUAAAUGCAGUUCAAUGAACUGUAUCGUUACUCCUGCUCUAUCGACCACAAACCAUGACGAAUCUGGAGAAAGUGAGCAUACACUUUGAACAAAAUACACUUAAUGCGAAUGUAAAGAGCGCUGUAAGAUCGCUCCAUCUCCCCUCGAACCUCGAUCUCUUUCGGAUGGGUUGGCCGUUGAUAAACGCGGCAGCGAUCGGGGAGAUGAUCGUAAUUGUGAUGAUCAUAAAUCAAUGAAAAGUCGACAAAAGAUGCUGUGAAAUUUUCAUCCCGCCCCUUUUUUUCCUUUUCUGGUAUGUUUUUUAAAUCCCUAAACACAACCCCAUUCUAACGGCAGUCGGUGUUAUUCAUCGGUAUCUCAUUAAGUUCCGCCAGGAGUUUUUAAGUUACAUCCCAUGUAUGGCAACGUAACGGCGUUGUCUGUACGCAAUUUGCUGGACGGCAACCUUGCAAAUUUUUAGCUCAAUGUUGAUCACACGAAUUUAAUUUAAACGAUCCCUUCAAUAGUGUACUACUAACUGCACUGGGUCGAAAUUCCUCACUAUCCUCACUAUACCAUACCAUACAGAAAAUAGGUCACGCCGACGAUAGAACAACCGCAUUUCAUUUCUUUCCAACUCCAUUCACGAAUUAACUUAUUUCAUUUUUUACUCUGCCACUUCGUUUGUGAUCCUCCGCUUUUAGAACGAAUCCCGUAUUCUUUUGUUUCUUCAAUUUUAUCGUUACUUUCUACAACAUGUUUCUUCGAAGUAAUCCUUCAAGCGCAUAUAUAUUAUAUAUAACAAAAAAUGAAGAAAAAAAGAAAUAAAAACAAAAAUCGUGUAAUUCACUUA